AUGGCUACAAAGGCAUCAAAUUUCGUUUCUCUUCUUUUGUCUUUGUUUAUUGUGCUCUUAUUUGUCUCAUCUCAAGUGGAAGUCGCCGAGGCCAAAAGUCUCCAACGGUUGAAAAGGAAGCUGCUGGCAGCACGACGAUCAAAGAGUAAACGAGGUCUUCAAUACCAUCCACCGACGCUGCUUGUGCCGCCGCCACCCCCACCACCACCCCGUAAGUUGGCUGCAUCACGUCCACCCAGGAGAUCGAGUGCACCACCACCUUCCUUGAUGCAAAAUGCACCACCACGGCACCACCGUCCCGGAUGCCGGGCCCGGGUGCACCACCACCGCCCCAGAUGCCACAUACGCUAUUACCACAUCCUCCCUGGAUAUCAGAUGCACCGCCACCAUCCUUGA